CCGGCUCUGCCGAGCGCCGAUGCCGCCGGGCCCGGCCCGCGAAGGGCGUCGCGGCGGGGAUGGCGCUGUCCCGGGGGCUGCGGUGCUGCCAGCGGGUCUUCGGCUGGGUGCCCGUCCUCAUCAUCGCGCUGGUGGUGCUCUGGUCCUACUACGCCUACGUCGUCGAGCUCUGCCUGGUGACUCUGACGAACUCUGUAGAAAAAGUGGCCUACCUCACCGUAUUCCAUAUCAUCUUUGUAUUCUUCAUAUGGACAUAUUGGAAGUCUAUAUUUACUCCUCCACUACAACCAGACAAAAAGUUCCACAUGUCGUAUGCUGACAAGGAACGCUACGAAAACGAAGAAAGGCCCGAGGGCCAGAGGCAGAUCCUAGCCGAGAUGGCCCGGAAGUUGCCAGUUUACACAAGAACAGGGAAUGGCGCCAUCCGAUUCUGUGAUAGAUGUCAGCUGAUCAAACCUGACCGUUGUCACCAUUGCUCAGUUUGUGCUGUGUGCGUGUUAAAAAUGGACCAUCAUUGCCCCUGGGUGAACAACUGCAUCGGCUUUUCUAACUACAAGUUCUUCCUACUGUUUUUAGCCUACUCUCUGUUGUACUGCACGUUUAUUGCAACAACAGUCUUCAAGUAUUUCAUCAAAUACUGGACAGCUGAGCCAAGCAGUGGUCAUUCCAGGUUCCACGUCCUCUUUCUUCUUUUUGUGGCAGUCAUGUUUCUGGUCAGCCUGUUGUUCCUCUUUGGCUACCACUGCUGGCUCGUCAGUCAAAACAGAUCGACUCUAGAGGCUUUCUCGGCUCCCGUGUUCUCCAGCGGCCUGGAUAAAAACGGUUUCAACCUCGGCUUUGUCAGAAACCUCCAGCAAGUAUUUGGGGAAGAAAAGAGACUCUGGUUUUUCCCGGUGAUGUCCAGCCAGGGAGACGGGCACUCCUUCCCCAUCCGAACCCAGAGCGAAGCCCGGAACCCCCUGCUUGCAAACGAGGAGCAGUGGGAGGAUGAGGGGAUGGAAGAUGGCAGCCAGCAAGAUUACCAGCAAGGGACUUCUCUUUCCAUCGAAAUGGAGACGUAGCAGCUUUGAAGAGCUGAGGUUGUGCAACUCAUGUGCUCUGUUCCAGCUUCCUCCCUGUCUCAUUAGCUUCCUCUGGUGAUGGAAACUCAGGAGGCAUAAAAGAAAAAGCAGCACUUGGAUCGGAAAAAGAAAAGCAACAUUGGAGGCUAAUUCUCGCUUUCGGAAACAGCUCUUGAGGAGACAGUCCUUGGUGACACUUCCAAGGUUUGCUACACAUUAUGGAUUAUUUUUUUUUAACAUGGCAGCUCUGAAGUGAUUAAGGCUAUUCAUGACUGUCUCUUUUUGUAUGUCUUACCCAGAAGAAGGGAAAACUGCUUAGUGCAAAUGCAUUUCCAAGUGCCUUAAGGGGCAUUUAGCUAACAGCCUGGACUUCAUGUUGUCUCGUUUUGCCAAAUAGGAAGAACAGCUCUGUAAAAUGGUUAGGCAGACUGCUCAAAACAAAUCCUCUUGCGCAGGAAUCAUGGCUGCCAAAUCAAGUCUUACUGCUAGGGAACUGGGCGAACGUGUGCUGCUUCUGUAACCACAGGAAACCUUCAGCCAGCUCUAAACGUACCCAUCGUCAAAAUUCUGAUUUUGCUAAAAAGCCUGGCUCUUUUAAUUGAUCUUUGUUGAUGUAAGCACAGUCCUCGUAGUGCCUAUAAUUGUCUAAAAUUCAUUCAGAACAGCUUCAGCUACUGGACUAGUUUCUGCUAUGAAAAAAAUAGCCUUUGACUUGCACAACGGUGACCCUGUCUUGUACUGUCCACGGAGGCUCAUGUGACUACGGACUUCUUUGAACAGAACUUGCCUCCCCCACGCAAAAGUCAGCCUGCCAGCAGGAGAAAGUCUGGCCCCUGGUUUGGCAUUCAGGGGAAGCCUUGCUUGGAGCCAGGCCAGCCUCACUUCACAGACUUUUAAACUCUUUGCAUGAUCUGAUCAGGAA